AUGGCCCACCCCGCGCUCCCCGCCGCACCCCGCGCUCCCCGGCUCCUGCGGGCCACACUGCUGCUGCUGCUGCUGCUCCUGGUGGCCACCGGCCGGCGCGCAGCAGGAGCGCCCGCGCCCCCCGAACUGCGCUGCCAGUGCUUGCAGAUGGUGCAGGGAAUUCACUUCAAGAACAUCCAGAGCGUGAAGAUGUUGCCCCCGGGUCCGCACUGCGACCAGACCGAAAUCAUAGCCACUCUAAAGUCUGGGCAGAACGUUUGUCUCAACCCUGAGGCCCCCAUGGUGAAGAAAUUCCUGCAGAAGCUGCUCAGCAGGUGA